AAUCAGGCACGCGUCUGGAGAGGAGAGGCCGGCUUCCGGGAUCUGGCGGGGUCUUUGUCCAGACAGAGUUCCACUUCCUGUCCCCGCCGCUCUGCGUCCUCUGCUAGCCGUUGGCCGUGUGACCCGCAGGCACCGGGAGAUCCAGAAGUGAAACGUCAGGCUCCCUGGAGACCAAGAGAUGGUGUGAUUUUCCAGAGAUCUUUCCUAAGAGGAAAUCCCAGAGAAGCAGGAGAAAGAGAAAGAAAUGGCUGGUGCUCAGACACUGUUGACGUUCAGGGAUGUGGCCAUAGAAUUCUCCCUGGAGGAGUGGAAAUGCCUGGACCCUGCUCAGCAGAAUUUGUACAGGGAUGUGAUGUUGGAGAACUACAGAAACUUGUUCUCCAUUGGUCUCACCGUCUCGAAGCCAGGCCUGAUCACCUGCCUGGAGCAAAGCAAAGAGCCCUGGAAUGUGAAGAGACAGGAGGCAGCAGACGGACAUCCAGAGAUGGGAUUUCACCAUGCUACUCAGGCUUAUCUCGAACUCCUGGGCUCAAGCGAUCUGCCUGCCUCAGUCUCCCAAAGUGCUGAGAUUACAGGUGUGAACCACCGUGCCCAGCCUGGCCUCAAGGUUUCUGUGGACAAAUUCACUGCUAUGUCUUCUCAUGUUACCCAAGACCUUUUGCCAGAGCAGGGCAUACAAGAUGCGUUCCCAAAAUCAAUACUGAGAGGAUAUGGAAAUUGUGGCCUUGAUAAUUUACAUUUAAGGAAAGACUGGGAAGGUUUAGAUGAGUGUAAGUUGCAAAAAGAUUAUAAUGAACUUAACCAAUGUUCAUCAACUACCCAUAGCAAAAUCUUUCAAUGUAAUAAAUAUGUUCAAAUCUUUAAUAACUUUUCAAAUUUGCAUAGACAUAAUAUAAGUAAUACUGGAGAGAAACCUUUCAAAUGUCAAGAAUGUGGCAAAUCCUUUCAGAUGUUCUCAUUCCUAACUGAACAUCAGAAAAUUCACACUGGAAAAAAAUUCCAAAAAUGUGGAGAAUGUGGCAAAACCUUUAUCCAGUGCUCACACUUUACUGAACAUGAGAACAUUGACACUGGAGAGAAACCUUACAGAUGUCAAGAAUGUGACAAAGUUUUUAAAACUUGCUCAGUCCUUACUAAAAAUGGAAUUUACGCUGGAGGGGAACAUUACAAAUGUGAAGAAUUUGGCAAAGUAUUUAACCAGUACUCCCACCUUACUGAACAUGAGCGUAGUACUGAGGAAAAACCCUGCAAAUAUGAAGAGUGCAGCAGUGUCUUUGUAUCUUGCUCAAGCCUUUCUAAUCAACAGCUGAUUCUUGCUGGAGAGAAGCUCUCCAAAUGUGAAACAUGGUACAAAGGUUUUAACCACAGCCCAAAUCCUUCCAAACAUCAGAGAAAUGAGAUUGGAGGGAAACCUUUCAAAUGUGAGGAAUGUGACAGCAUCUUCAAAUGGUUCUCAGACCUUACUAAACAUAAGAGAAUUCACACUGGUGAGAAACCAUACAAAUGUGAAGAAUGUGGGAAAGCCUAUACACAGUCCUCACACCUCAGUGAACAUAGGAGGAUUCACACUGGAGAGAAACCCUACCAGUGUGAAGAAUGUGGGAAAGUCUUCAGAACUUGCUCAAGCCUUUCUAAUCAUAAGAGAACUCAUUCUGAAGAAAAACCCUACACAUGUGAAGAAUGUGGCAACAUCUUUAAGCAGUUAUCAGACCUCACUAAGCAUAAGAAAACCCAUACUGGAGAGAAACCCUACAAAUGUGACGAAUGAUGUGGAAAGAACUUUACUGAUCGUCCAGCCUUAUUGUACAUAGAGAAUUCAUACUGGAGAGAACCACAAAUGUGAGGCAGUCUUUAUGUGGUUUCUCAGAUAUUACCAAACAUAAGAGAAACCCAUGCUGGAGAGAAACCCUACAAAUGUGGAAGAAUGUGGAAAGAACUUUUGAUCACCAAACCUUAUUGU